GAGCAGUUAGAGAAAGCUCUGAGCCUAGCACACUGACUUGCAAAUAAUAAGCGUUUUAUAAAUUCAGAUUGGAUUGGAAUGGAUUGGAUUAGAUGAAGGUAGCAGUCCCAGGACCCAGGAGCAGGACCAGGGCUAGGGGUCGAGUCCAGCCUGGGAAUUAGAGAGGAGGAGGGCCAGGCUGAGGAAAUUGGUUGGAGCACAAGGGGAGGGUCAAAGGCGGGGGAGGCCCCCCGGACACAGAACAGGCUGGCCUUCGGGAGGGGGCGGCAUAGUUCAUGAGAGUCAGACUGCCUCAGAGGAGAGAGCCGGAUGACUAGGGGAAAGGUCCCCACAGGAAUUAAAGUCCAUCCUCCCAGCCCAGCCAGUCCCAGGGGAGCUGAGGGGGAGCAGCUUCCUGGUCCUGAGAAACGGGACCAUCCUGUAACUGAGCCUCACUCAGGGCUGGGACCCAGACCCGAGCUCGGGCCUGUGAACGGUUUCUUUCCUAGCGCCUAGUAUGAGGAUGUAGCCACCCAUCUGUGAACCGCCUCAAGAGGCAAAGAACCACGAGGAGGAGAAGGUGGGGAAUUAGGCCACCAUGGAGCCGCCUCCGGCGCUCCAGGCUGUGCUGGGGAGUGAGGUGAUCGUACGGCACUACAACUACACCGGCAAACUGAAUGGGGCACGCUACGAUCCAGGCGGGGGCUUGCGCGCAGACGCCGCAGUCUUCCUGGCAGUAUGUGGCCUCAUCGUCCUAGAGAACCUGGCGGUUCUGCUAGUCCUCUGGCGCCACAAGAAGUUUCAUGCGCCCAUGUAUCUGCUUCUGGGCAGCCUGACUCUCUCGGAUCUGCUGGCCGGCGCCGCCUACACGGUCAACAUCCUGUUGUCUGGGGCCCGCACUUUGCACCUGUCACCCACUCUCUGGUUCGCCCGCGAGGGCGGUGUCUUCGUGACGCUGGCUGCCUCAGUGCUCAGCCUGCUGGCCAUAGCGCUGGAGCGACACUUGACCAUGGCAAGUCGUCGGCCUGCGCCCAUACACCGGCGGGGCCGCACACUGCUGCUGGCGGGAGCCGCGUGGCUGGCGUCCCUGCUGCUCGGGCUUCUUCCUGGCCUAGGCUGGAACUGCCUGGGCCGUCUGGCCCAGUGCUCUACAGUGCUUCCCCUCUAUGCCAAGCCCUACGUGCUUUUCUGCGUGCUCGCCUUUCUAGUCAUCCUAGUGGCUAUCUUUGGGCUCUAUGCCCGCAUCUAUUGUCAGGUGCGUGCCAACUCAAAGAAGUUGCAGCUUCGGGCUGCGUCUGGAGGGUCCCGCCGCCUGCCCAAGUCUCUGGCGCUGUUGCGCACAGUGACAGUGGUACUGCUGGCAUUCAUUGUGUGUUGGGGACCACUCUUCUUGCUGCUGCUGUUGGAUGUAGCGUGCCCGGCUCGAGCCUGCCCCGUACUCCUGCAGGCAGACUACUUCCUGGGGCUAGCUAUGGCCAACUCGCUGCUCAAUCCCAUCAUCUACACGCUUACUAGCCGGGACCUGCGCCGUGCGCUCCUGCGCCUCUUCUGCUGUUACCGAUGCUGCUGCUGCUGCUAUAGGCCCCUGCGCCCAGGGCCAGGUGGUGGCGAGGGUGCGGCCAGCGUGCGCCGCCGGCUACCGCCCAUUUUGGAGUGCAGCACCAGCAAGUCGGAGCGCUCCUCGAACCGACACGAAGGAUUGGACACGAGCGUCUCCACAGGCAACGCCACGCCCACGCGCACUCCCGUUAAGACUUCGGUGCAGAAGACCACGGACUGACACUGUUCCCCAGCCCCUCUUCAGGACCCAGUCCUCUCCUUCUGCACUAUUUUCAUAUUACUGGUUGUUUUUGUUUUUGUUUAAAAAUAAAUAAUUUGUAUUA